GGAGAAAGAACUGCAAAUAAUUCAACUAGUACUAUCGAAAGAGGAAGAGCGUUGAGCGGUGCUGAACCUAGAGUUUUUAACCAAAUGAGUGAUAACGAUAACAGACAGAGUGCAACGGAAGUGGAGACACACUCUGAUAUACCUGACAUACAAGUACAACCCUCUUCCCCAGAAAUAUCAGAUGAAAAAUCUGCAUCUAUCACACCAUUACCAGCAGCAAUAACAACCAACUCGUCCGUUACAGUUUAUUCAUCCGUUAUUCCGCAACGACAACAACAAACAAGAUCACCCGCAAUACAAGCUUUUCCGCCUGCGUUCACAACCCCUCCAGCUACUCCGUCUGCGCCAAUGGCUGCAGAGCUGGUGAGCAACAGCGAGAGUGAUGAAAACACCAUGACUGGCUUUGCAGAAAAAGAAGACGUAUUGAACAUGUCUGACGAAACAAAUGACAUUUCCAACCGUACAGGCAUAACGAAUAGAUCCAUAUCUCCAUUCGAUUCUUUGCGCCAAGACCAAUUGGACGAUCUGGGUUUUUAUACUGAGCUUCCAACGAUAAGCCCACCGGCAUACACGCCGACGGCACCACCGAUAUGUAAUUUACCGUAUGGGCCGAUACCAGGAUAUGAUCGACACAGGCUUCAGGAUAUG